ACAAACCAACAAGCUGUAAUUGAUUCUUUGAAAGAACUAAAUUCGAAGUUCUUAGAUAAGAUUACUAAUAUUAGAAAGGAGAAUGCCGAAAUUCCCGAACUUAGAAGAAAAUUUUCCAAAGUUGAGGCCAAGAACAUUGAACUUAAAGCUGAGAACGUAAAAUUAAAACAAGCUUUGGAAGAACAUGAAUCCAAAUUUAUGAAACUGGAGCAGAAUGAUAAAGAUACUGCUGUUGAAAAUGCUGAACUUAAAGCUAGGGUUGUGAAAUUAGAACAGAAGCAAUCGCAAACCGAUGAAAAGAAUAACUUUAUUGUUAAAUCAGAUGAUGAUGCCAAGGGAAUCGGUCAAUAUUCAG